CCUGCGCACGGUGGUAACAGCGUGAGCUCCAUUUGCAGCGGUGGCCCUGGCGUCUUGAUCACUGGCGGGCACGAUGGAUCCGCGGCGAUGUGGCAGUGGUGCGUCGAUGGCGACGCCGGCGACGUGGUGACGCACCGGUGGAGCGAGCACCCCGGACCUGUCACGCGCGUUGCGCACCUUCCGCUCGCAGGUCGCGUCCUCACGGGAUGCCGCGACGGCGUUGUCCGCGCCUGGCCUUCAUUUGACGACGACACGCCCGCGCUUACACUUUGUGGACAUACCUUAACCGUCACCGGGCUUGACGGGUUAGAGGAGCUUAGCGCGGCGUGCAGUGGAUCAAGAGACUACACCUUACGGCACUGGGAUUUGCAUACCGCUAAAUGCGUGCAAAUGGCAGCUGUGUCCCGCAAUGUGGUAACAAGCUUGCGAAGGUGUCCAGGUGAAUGCACAGUUGUACAAUCGAGUGAGGACUUGAAAAUCCGCACAUGGGAUGUUCGUGACUUCUCAUCUGGGCCUUGUCAGACCUUAGAGGGUCACGUGAAUAUUCCCCAGUGCAUUGACGUUUCUCCAUGCGGUAGAUAUAUCUUGAGUUGCAGCAACGGCUUCGAGGGCAGCGGUGGGUCGGAGGUUCGUUUCUGGGAUCGGCGCACGGGGAAGGUACUACAGGAAUGGAGAGAUCAUGACAUGUCUGUUAAUGGGUGUGUAUUUCUACCA